AUGGCAUUUUCAAAGAUUUUACCAGAAUUAUUAGGUGAAAUUUUACAAUAUUUUCGUCAAGAUUAUAGAAUACUAUAUUCAUGUAUAUUGGUUAAUAGAUUAUGGUGUAAUUCAGCAAUUCCAUUAUUAUGGGAAAAUCCAUUUUCAUUUAUGCGUCCUAAAAAUCUUCACUUUAUUGAAAUUUAUUUAUAUGAUUUAAAUGAUGAUGAGAAAACAAAAUUAAUUGAAUAUGGAAUGGAUAAAAAUUUAUUUCCUUCAAAUACAUUAUUUAAAUAUUCUAGUUUUAUUAAACAUUUGAAUAUACAUAAAAUUAGUAAAUCUAUUGAAGAUUGGGAUAGAACUUUAGCAACUAAAAAUUUUCGAAAGUCAAACUUUACAAAAUUAAUUUGUAGAUCAUUAAUACAACUAUUCAUUGAAAAUGUAGUAAAUUUACAUAGUUUGCAUGUUUCAUAUGGUAGUUUUGAUGAUAUUUUUGAAUUGAUUUUACAAAAUUCAAAUUUCAUUGGUAAUAUAAAAAAUUUUAAAUUAGGUCAUUUGGAAAUGUCUGUAUCUACAAUAAAAUUGUUAACAUUUUUAAGUUCUAAUUGCAACUCAAUUUCAUCUCUAUCAUAUCAAUGUUAUAAUAACUACGAACAUCAACAAAUGAUGGGUUUAUCACAAAUUAUUAAAUCUCAAAAGAAUCUUAGAAAAAUAUUAUUUAGAUCUCCUUUGAACCAAUCAUUAUUAUCAUUAAAAAAUUCUAAUUGUUCAAAUACAUUAAACACAAUCAUAUUUUAUGAUAUUGAAUUUAAAAAUAUAAUUAUUUUAAAUGAAGUAUUUAAUCAAUUAAAUGUUUUAGAAUCAAUUCAUAUUAUUUAUUGUAAAUAUCUAGAUACCAAAUUUGUUCAACAAAUUAUUAAUAUUAAUAAACCAUUUAAAUUGAAAUCUUUAUUUUUGCAUGAAGUAUCACAAUUUGAACCAUAUGAUCUGCUAUUACAACAUUUUGGUUGUUAUUUAGAAAAUUUUGAAAGUAAUGUAGAUAAUGAUCCACAAUUAUUACAAUUAUUUAAAUCAGUUACAAAAUAUUGUAGAAAAAUUAAAUCUUUAUACUUACACCUAUUGUGGGAUUAUCGGAAUAUUAACUUAGUAUUCAAUUUAAUUGAAAAUAUUAAACAAAGUCUUAAUUAUCUUUCAAUUGAUCUCUGUUUUGUCUCUUAUAUGAUAAAUGAUUUUCAUUCAAUUAUAUUACAAAAUUUAGGACAAAUUCUUCCUUUUAAAUUAGAAUAUUUGAAUUUGUGUCUUGCAAUUAAUGAAAUUGAUUUAGAAAUAUUCUUAAAAAAUUCUCAAAAUACUUUUAUUAAAGAAUUGUCAAUUAAAAAUGAAAGUCAUGAUCUUUAUGUAACUAUUUAUCCUUGUAUAAAGGAAUAUAUUAUGAAAAAGAAAAAAGUUAAAUAUUUGACUAUUUCUGAUAAAUUCAAUGUAAUUUGGUUUUCUUCGAAAGAUAUAGAGGAAUUUAGAUUAUAUGAUAUUCAAAUUUUAAAAUAUAGUUAUAUGAUAAUUUUUGAUUUAUUAUAUAAAGGAGAUUUAUCUAUGCUUCUAUGGUAA